AUGGCGAAAAGGCCAAUUCCAUGGAAUGAUCAGGUAGAUCUUGUGUCAUCAGAUGAUGAAGCAGCAGAUAUGGAGGCAGAUGAUGGUGCCUCUGACCAAAAGCCCGACAUCGAUGCUCUUAGUUAUCAACCUGCCGAUGAAAAAGAUUCUGAAGGGGUCAUGGUGAGAAGGGCAAAAAUAUACCAGGAGUACAUGAAAAAGGUCCCCAUUCCAUGCCAACGCGGAUCAGUCAUACUGUGUUAUUCAUGGAUGGGAUUAGCCAAAUCAAUCAAGGAGCUAUAUGGGCAGCCACUGCACUACCUCACAAACACUCUCCUAAAACAGUGGGAUCAAGCAAGAUUUGAAACCGGUGAUGAGUACCAGCCAUUGGACACCGUUAUUCAUCCUCUUAAAGCAGAAGCAACCAUCUGGUUUGUGGAGGAAGUUCAUCGCCGCACAGCUUCAUACCAUCAACUGUCAAAACUCUGGCUGGGUGAUCCAAUGCACCAUGCUUAUGUAGAUGCUAUCUUCCCAAAAAUAUGA